UGACAUUACGCAGUUAAAAGCGCCAUGUUGGGAAGUCGACGUUGAAUGUCGUUGGCGCGCAUUCGCACCAUGUUUUGACUAUGGGAAAAUACUGUUGCGUGCCGUCGUGUCGACAGAAGCAACGCGUGGACUCCGCAUACAAACAUCGAAGCAAGGUUUCGUUUUUCCGCUUGCCUUAUGGAAACAAGGAUCUGCUGCAGAAGUGGCUGGAUGCCAUAUCGAAGGACGAGGACCGAGAUAUCCGCUUCCACCGAGCCACGAAAGUGUGUUCAAGGCACUUCGAGGAGGACGACUACUAUCGCGGCUACGUGAAUGGCAAGCGCUACCUCAAGGAUGGCAUUGUGCCCCAUAUCUUCGCUGGUAGGGUGCCCAAAAAAGGCGCUGCCAGGCGCCUUCGCCCUGUUCUCGACGCAGCUUCUCUCAUUGCGACCGUCCCACGUACCACUGACGUCCAUCUUGUUCGGCCAUUGCUCGGUCACACCUGGCCAUUUACCAAAGUCGUGAUGGACGCUGGAGCGUGCCGCGGUGACGAGUCGGCUCCCAACGUAAACUCCACCGUUGUUGAGGUGAGAUGCGAAGAUGAAGUUGAGAAAUGUGAAGACGACAAUGAGGAGAGAGUAACUGUAGACCCCGUGCACACGUACUGCAAGCCCACGUCCGUGAAUAGACUGGAGAAGGAAGUAGGUGUGGAUCCUGACCGCACGUCCUGCGGCGAGCCAUCUGAGGUGUCGAACCAAGAUACCGAUUCACCAGCAGCACUGUCAACAGCACUGUCCCACUGUAGUGUACAAGUCAUAGCGUCCGGUGGCCACGAGUCUGAUUCCGACACGGAUGAAAGCACGGGUGCUAUUACAGACACCGACACGCCUAUUAAUUCAGAAGAUGGCACGGAAAUUCUUCCAGAUGACACUGUCUUCGAUAUGCUCUCAGAAACGGGCACAGAGGUUCCCCCCGAGUUACCAGAUCGUGCGAGCCAGGCUAUGCCAGGCACUGCCCUCUCGGGGAAUGCUCAGCCCAGCAACAGGGAGCAGUCUUCCGAUUCGGAGGAGCUUCAGAAAGGCGUCUCACAGCUGGAAAGGGAGAUUGAACGGAUGAACCGUGCAAUGGAGUGGUACAGGCAGGAGGCAAAGGAUGCAAAAAAGGACAAGUACAAGUUAGCAAGGACUGUGGAGCUGCUCGAGCACAAGUGCCGGAAGCUGGAGAAGUGGCAGUUCUCGAUCGAGAGCUUUCGGCACAGCCAGACGGACGUGCACUUCUACACCGGCCUUCCUGAUUAUGCCGCUUUUGAGGAUCUCUACCAGCGGCUGCCUGGCGACGCAGUCGGAAGGCACGCGACACCGCGGACCAGAAGGUCCCUCUCUGACCGUGACGAGCUGUUCUUGCUCCUCGUUCGGUACCGUCUGGGGCUGAACGUGCGAGACUUGGCCUUCCGGUUUCGCGUGUCGCGCAACACUGUCUCUGAUAUCUGCCUGACUUGGACCAGGUUUGUCUACCGGCACCUGCAUCGCCUUUGCUCUGGCCAUUGUGCGCGUGGAAGAGGUGCACCAUUAGUGCGCAGUUCUGCGGAAUGUGUCAGCGACUGCGAUCACUGUCCGACCGACUCUCGCUCCGAACUGAAAGAGCUUUCGGACACUGGCCAAGUGGUGACGUCGCUCUCCUCUCAUAGUGCCACAAUUUUUGUGUGCCCUCCCAUGGACCCGGAAUCGACGAGACAGUUUGCACAGGCGCACAACUGUGAAGAUGAGCUGCCUUCCUACGACGACAGCUGCAAGACGGGCGACACGGACGUAGCAGUUGAAGACAUUUUUCUUGAAAUGGGCCUUCCACCGAAUGUUUCACGGCUUCUGGGACUGCAUGGGAGUGGCAGUGUGCUGACAGUGGAUGACAUAGUGUCUAUGCGUGGAGAUAUAGAGCGUGUGAUCCCCAAGAUAAGGGAAUAUUGCAUAUUUGAGCAGCCCGUCCCGCGCUCUUUGCUUCCGGUAGCGAAAGAAAUGCUUGCUAUAUGCGUGGUCCUGACCAACUUUGCCAAGACUUGAUUCAGUUGUCCUGAUAAGUGAUUCAAUACCAUUAUGAAAUGGUGCACUCAGGCUCUUUCGGAAAAACAAUUGUGUGAAUGGCAGCGGGUCAAUCGUGCGCACUGCGACUGUCUCUACCAUUUAACGUUCUGUGAAGAGGUCCAGUUUAGAGCUAUCUGUACAUAAGUGUGUGGUGCUCAGACAUCUCCGAUGAGAGUUGCAUCCUGUGUGGGUUAACGUGGUCUAUAAAUGGCAUGUGCCUUUGCUGAAACAAAAGCGAGGGGUUACUGAGGAAGUAGCAGAAGUGGCCCAGCAUUCUGGGAGAAGCAGAUGACUGUCAUGUAUUUAUGAAAGAUAUAGAAUACGCAGAAACAUUAUUUCUUUGUUACAGCAUCAAGGUUGUCAACUCUUCCCUACUUCAAAAUGACUGAAGUGCUACGCGAUUAAUACUCGAGAUUGAGGCAGCAUGAAGACACUGAUGGUGUUUUCAAAACAUUGGGUGAUCUGAAGCAGGCUCUAAAAUCUCGGAGCGUUGAACAUUCAGGCACACUUGUUAUUUUAUAAAUGAAGGCUUUAAGCACCCUCCAGAGAAGCUGAUAGACAAUUCAUUGCGGUACCUCAUGCCUUGACAAAGAAGAAACAAGCUGAUAAAUAUCUGCAAAUGUCUCGCGCUCCCUUCCUAUAACUUGCACGGAUAGUAGUGCUAGCUGACAUAUGGUGUCUUUUUUUCUCCUGGAAUGUGGCUUUGCAUUCAUUUUCUUCUUGCACUGGUCUGUAGUAAAGAUCAGUUUUGUGCGGGCAUCAUUCCCAUUCGCUUCACACCACACGCAGCCCAGCUGACCACCAGCCUGUCUGGCUUUCUCGUCUACACUUAAGAAAAGUUAGGAACCCUUCGGGACUUUUCUCCAAACAGUCGUUCUUGUCUAUCAUGCCUGCUUUACUUUCAUUACUGCGUGCCCAUUACUUCCAGGUCGUGAACUGGGCAAGCGUUAUCAGAUAAGCGUGACAUAGUAUUCUUGACAGAAAAGUAGCGAGCGCACAGCAUUUAAAGAAUGAAAUGCAAGCAAGAUGGACAACAUUUAUUUGGGGACAGGAUAUGAAGUCUGUUGGAGUCCGGAUAGGAAGUCCGUUGAAACAGGAACGGGCUUAAUUAUGCAUGGGCGAAAUGAUGGCAGCUUAGAAAGUCCAUUGCAGAAUUUUUUCUACAAUAUGUAGUGGUGCAACAGUGUUGCAGCAGAUUUCACUUUCACUUGCUCCGCUUUCUUGUGUUGUAGAAAUAAACACCACUCAUUUCUUGCAUUUCACUCUGAUGUUAUCAAAAAUGCAGCUGUGUAUGUGGCUUGUACUGGUUCGGACUCCUUCAUCAUACAACUUAAUUCAAACAUUUUCCAAUCUUUGUGUACUCAUCUUCCUUCAUGACGCUGCUACUAAUGUGUCAGCAGAUAUUUCCUGUGUGGGUCCAAUAAUAGAAAGUGUGAAGUGCACUUGGCUGUAAUACUGAUGAAGGCAGGAAAUCUAGUCAUAUAGUGGUGAGGUGUCACUAAUGUGCCUUGCAGACUUUCUUAUCAUUCAUUGCUGUCAUCAUAUCCAACCAAACUUUCUCACCGAUUUUUAGUCUCAUUAUAUGGUUACUGAUAAAGUACAAAAAUCUCUUGAGACGAGAGUUUCCCAACUUGAGAGUUGUGUUAGGUGUUUCUGUAGUGGUACUGACCUACUGCAGGAGUUCGUUGCUUGUAACAGUGCUAAUAUGAAGCUGUUAAAAUUUAUACUGUGUGCCUUCUUGCAAUAAAUCAUGGUUUUGACUU